AUGGAUGUGGUGAUUUCAACCUUUCUCUCGGAUGUAUUUGAGCAAGAAGAACCGAAUCUCGAAAAAUUUAGAGUUGAUGUUAAAGUGCUUCACUUUUGGGAAAUGAUUGAGUUUGGUGCAGUGUUGCUGUAUGUCGAAACGCUUAUGCUCUCAAGUUUGAUGAAAACUUAUCAGGACGCAAAGCGGAAUGCCUCUCCUGAGUGUAUUACUCAAACAUUGGACAGAGCCAGAGCUGUGUUGCUUCAGAUGGAUAGUCAGGCAUCGUUUUUAGCGAAGAGCUGCUCGGGCCCGUCAACGAACACAAUACGUUUGUCAAUUAACUGUAUGGGAAGCUACGGCCAUGAGCAUCACCUGGUUGAGGAGAAAGUACUUACGUCUUGGCGAGGAGCAUUGGAUGUUUUCCAUCCUCCCCUAUCUGUCGCCACUCAAACAGAUACGACGAUGGAGCUCCAAAAUCUUCCCCAAUCCACUCCAAAUAAAAACUGUCAGGUGAGAAGGUUGCUACCGCGUGGACACACUAACCUCCCACACGGACUUUGCACACCACCCGAUUCACCUACAGAGACACUUCCGAAACUCAAAGUGUCCAAGAAGGCUCGAAACCUGAGCCUUACAUUACGAAGCUGUGAUCAGAAUGAUGCCGCGUCAAUUGCAAUGGAGGGCAGGGCUCGCCGUCGAAAGCCCUGGACACUCUCGGAGACACUGGCCCUGUGGCACGCGGUUCAACUUGCCAUCCCUGGUCCUCCUUCGUGGGCAAAAAUACGCGACGAGGUCUUCCCCUCCUCCCGACGUACAAAUGUCGAUCUGAAGGAUAGGUGGCGGGUCAUCAUGCGGGACCCCACCCUACAGACUUAUGUGCGCCAAUACUACGAAAAAUGGCUAGCCAGCAGAAACCCAACCUAG